AUGAACUCUCGCGGCUCGGAUGAGCACAGUCACCUUUUACGCUCGGUGCUGAGGUCGUCGGAACUCUCUGACAUCGGCGAGCUGGAAAUUGUUGCCUAUGUACAGAAUCGCCGGGCGUCGAUUGCAUCUGUGGGCACAAACAAGAUCCCACGGCAUUUCGCCUUGCAGCCAAAACCGUCGGGGGCUAACUUGGCGGAAUCGCUCUACCGUGUGCGGUCAAACGUCUCCGCCUACACCCACCACACCGACAUCAAUGACAUCUUGUCGGUGCACUCGGGUGCCAUUCUCAAGGAACCCGAGACCUCGCUUGCCAACGAGGCACGCGUUUUGAUGCGCUACUCCGUGCCCUUGGUGAUCACCUUCUUGUUGCAGUACUCGCUCACCGUAGCGUCGGUGUUUUCCGUGGGCCGCUUGGGCCUGACGGCGCUAGCUGCAGUUUCAUUGUCUUCCAUGACAGCCAACAUCAGCGGCUAUGCGAUUAUUCAGGGUGUGUCCACGUGUCUAGACACGUUGUGUGCCCAGGCGUAUGGCCGGCAGGACUACAACACGGUGGGCUUGCAUUUCGUGCGGUGCACAUAUCUCUUGAUGCUCUUGUACGUGCCGAUGCUCGUGCUCUGGGUGUUUCUCUCCAGGCCUGUUUUGUCGUUCUUGGUUGGGCCUGAUAAGACGGAAUUGGCAUACUUGGCAAGCAGCUACUUGCAGGUGUUGGCCUUAGGGUUGCCGGGAUUCAUCAUCUUCGAAAACUUGAAGCACUUUCUCCAGGCACAGGGCAUUUUCCACGCCUCAACCUACGUGUUGCUCUUCUGUGCCCCUCUCAACGCAUUAUUGAAUUACCUCUUGGUGUGGGAUAGGCGUGUUGGGCUUGGCUUCAUCGGGGCCCCGCUCUCCGUCGUCAUUACAAACUGGCUCAUGUGCAUCAUGCUUUUGGCAUACACUUUGUACGUCAAUGGCUACCAAUGCCUCCCUCGUGAACCGCUUUUUGACUCUACCUUCUUCCGGAACUGGACCAAAAUCAUCAACUUGUCUGUGCCUGGCGUGUUGAUGGUCGAGGCUGAAUGGCUUGCUUUUGAGAUCAUUACAUUUACGGCUUCUACCUUUGGCACUGACGUUUUGGCUGCACAAUCCAUCGUGUCCACCACGUGCGUGUUGCUUUAUCAGAUCCCUUUUGCGCUCUCAAUAGCGGCGUCCACAAGAAUUGCGUGGUUUAUCGGCGCCGCGUCAAAGAAGGCAGCUGUAACUGCAUCCCAGGCAGCAAUGUACUGUGCUCUUGCUCUUGGGUCGUGCAAUGCGGUGGUGCUAUUUUCGUUCAGAACUUUCUUCGCAUCUCUAUACACCAGCGAUAAAAAAGUUUUGGAUAUUGCCAGCACAGUCUUAAUAAUAGGUUCUGUUUACCAGAUCAACGACUUCUUGGCGUGUGUAUCAGGAGGAAUUUUGCGUGGCCAGGGUAGACAAAAAAUUGGCGGUAUUCUUAACUUGGUCUCUUACUACUUGAUAGCCUUGCCUUGUGCAUUUUUCUUUGCCUUCUACUUCAAGUGGGAACUUGUUGGACUAUGGCUUGGCAUGAUCAUUGCGCUCUUUUUUGUUUCUGUCUUACAGACAUACUUCGUCUAUGUCAGCGAUUGGGAUCACAUCAUCAAGGAGUGUAUCAACGAAGGAAUUCUUGAGGACGGGAACCUCAACAUUGACGCUCAUUCGACUGUCCCUGCAAUGCUGUCAAACUUUCUCAUUUAA